GGUGUCUGUCCUCUGAUUGGUGGCUUUCUUUCCAGCAGGAAGUUGUGAACAGAGUUUAAAAGCUGCUGCAGGACUGCAGACAUUCACAGGAAGCUGGACCAGCAAUGGCUCUGCUGAAGGUUCUGCUGCUGCUGCUGGGACUGAGUGUUGCAGUGAGUUCAGUGUCUCUGCAGAAGAGAGUCAUUGGAGGUCAGAACUGUAAAGGCGAUGAGCGUCGCUAUCAUGUGGUGCUUGAAGGCAUUAGUAAAUCAGAAUCAACUUUGUGUGGAGGAUCUCUGAUCAGUGAUCAGUGGAUUCUGACUGCAGCUCACUGCUGGGAGUCAGGUCCAGGAUGGACAAAUACAGCACUUAUAGGAGUUCAUCCUAAAGUACUGGAUAAGGAUAAGGCUAAGGCUAAGACUUAUAAAAUCACUCACCAUGAGAUUUAUAAAGACAGCAAUAAUAAUGAACAUGACAUCAUGCUCCUGAAGCUUCCAGAAAAAAUAACAACAAUCAAACCAAUCAAACUACCUGACUGUCCAGAUAUUCUCAAAGUAGGCACUAAGGUUCAGAUUGCAGGUUUUGGACCAGCAAAAACAGGAAAAGAUCCAAAAACAGGAUCAAAUAUGUUACGAAUUGACGAUACUCCAUCUAAUCUUCAGUGUGCAGAGAUUAAGAUUUUGAAACAUGGCAGUUUUACAUUUUCUACUCCUAAAUAUCAGUACGAGCACUGGUCCUGUGCUAAAAGCUCCACGAAGGACACAUCUGCGGGCGACUCUGGUGGAGGAUGGGUGUUCAACAACCGGCUCUAUGGUGUUCAUGUCCUCACUGAUGAUGAAGUCUACGCAUGCAGUGAACCAGCUUAUUUCAUGGAUGUCUGUGGCUACAAGAAGUGGAUAGAUGACACAAUUAAACCACCAAAAAAAACUUUUAUUAAAAAAGUGUUUGUCUGA